AUGUCAGGCUCCUCGCCUGCCCCACCGGCUCCGGAGAAGGUAAUCGACGAUGUCGAGCUGAAGAAGAUGCGAUCGACGGUCUUUGCGGAAGGCGAUGAGGCUCGUCUGGCGCAACUGGGCCAUGCCCAGGAACUUGAGCGUCGUUUCUCUCUUGUGCCCCUGAUUGCUCUUUGUGUCUGCUUGAUGGCAACGUGGGAGGCUCUGUCAACAGUCAUCGCUGCUGGCCUCAUUGGCGGAGGAGCCCCCUGUCUCUUUUACAACUAUGUCAUCUCGUUUCUUUGCACCAUUUGCGUCGCAUCUUCUCUGGCCGAAAUUGCAUCGAUCUUCCCAACAGCUGGAGGUUGGAUCUCGGUCGGCGGACAAACCAUCUUGACUGCUUCAGCCGCCUUUGCAGCUGGUUUGCAGCUGCAAGCACUCAUAACGAUCAACAAUGAUAACUAUGUGCCGGAGAGAUGGCAGGGCAUGUUGUUUUACUGGGCAGUACUCGUCUACGCCAUGGUUAUGAACAUCUGGGGAUCCAAGGCGCUGCCACACGCCAACCUCAUCGCAGGUGUCAUUCAUGUAGCAGCCUUUGUCGCGAUUGUCAUCGUCCUUGGCGUCAUGUCAAAGAAGAAUACGGCCUCAUUUGUCUUUACCGAGUUUUCAAACAACAGUGGUUGGUCGAGCGAUGGAAUUUCUUGGCUCGUUGGCUUGCUCAGCGCCGUCUAUCCCUUCCUCGGUUACGAUGCUGCUUGCCACCUGGCUGAAGAGCUGCCAGACGCCAGCCGCAACGUUCCGCUCGCCAUGGUCGGCAGCGUGGUUGUCAACGGACUGAUGGGACUCGUCUAUGUCAUCGUCCUGCUCUUCUCUACUGGGCCCCUGGAAUCGCUCAUCACUUCCCGCACCGGCUUUCCCUUUAUGCAGAUCUAUUUGGACGUCACAGAGUCCCGCGCUGGCGCCACAAUCAUGUCUCUGAUGCUUAUACUCAUCGCCAUUGCCGCCACCGUGGCGGGCGUGACCUCCACCUCUCGAACCCUGUGGGCUUUCGCUCGCGACAAGGCCACCCCCUUCGAUCACUAUCUCAGCUUCGUCAACAAGACGCAGCACGUCCCUGUCCGCGCUGUAGUUGUCGUCACCAUCCUUCAGAUGCUCCUCGGCCUUAUCUACAUCGGAAACACGACAGCCUUCAACGCUGUGCUGUCAAUGGCCAUUAUUGGCAUGUACCUCUCGUACGCCCUUCCGAUCGGCUACAUGCUCUUCCGCGGCAGGAAGGUACUGUAUACAAACGACUACGGCAAGUUCAAGCUCGGAAAGGUCCUGGGACCGGCCAUGAACGUCGUCAGCCUCAUCUGGAUGGCCGUCGUUGUUGUCUUCAGCACGUUCCCGACCAUGAUGCCCGUCACGGCGCAGACGAUGAAUUAUUCUACGGUCGUGUUGGCCGGUUGGGUGUUGUUUGGCGUGGUCUAUUAUUUCGCGUACGGAAGGGACAAGUAUCUGGUGCCUGUCAUAAAUGUUUCUGUCAUUACUGGCAUGUCGACUGUUGCGGAGGAUGUUGAGAAGUAA